AUGAGCAUUGUGUCUGAGCAUGGUUUUCGUCUUGAUGGACGACGUCCACAACAAAUACGCAAUAUCAGUGCGGCUCUUGGCACCGUUCGAGACGCAGAAGGAUCCGCCUACUUUGAGCAGGGAGGAACUAAGGUUCUUUGUGCUGUGUAUGGUCCGUAUGAAGGGAAAAAAUCGAAGCAGUUGGAGGACCGUUGCGCCAUAAAUUGUGUGUUCAGUAUGACGAGAUUUGCUGGCGUAGAACGGCGACAACGAGUGCGUGCUGACCGGAAAUCAAUGGAAAUAGAACGACUCAUCGAAAAGACGUUUGAAGGAGCCGUGCUAGUUCACUUGUUUCCCACCUCGCAAAUAGAUAUUUUUUGUCAGAUUAUCCAAAGCGAUGGUUCUCACCUUGCGGCUUGUGUCAAUGCUGCAUCACUGGCAAUGUCAGAUGCCGGCAUACCCAUGAAAGGCCUUGUGGCUGCAUCUACUUGCAGCAUAGUUGAUGGGCAGCCUGUGGUAGAUAUCAACCAGAGAGAAGAAACUGAUCUUCUCCCGCGUUUAACGCUAGCCACUUUGCGCGGUGAAGAUGAGGUAGUGCUGGUUGAGCUGCAGAAUCGAGUUCAUGUCGAUCAGUUGUCCGCUCUUCUGGCUGCUGCAAAGGACACUUGUAAAGGAGUGCAUGAAUGUAUAUGUGCAGCUAUAGUUGAUCAACUAGAGAACAAAGCAUUUUUCUUACAGGUGUUAAGAAAGACAACAACAUUCGAGAACACAAGGCGAAAGAAAAAGCUAUUAUGUUACUUGAGCAUCUAUCAGACUCGCUCACAAGCAAGGUGGGCACCGCCCUUCUCGAACAGCAUGAUCCGGCGUGUGCUACAAAGUAGCGCCAUCUCCCGUGGAGUUGCUGCCGUGUUCACUUCUCGUCCAGCAUCGACAUCCAGUGCACCAUCAGCAGAAGAUCCAUUGAAAGGUCUGAUCGAUUCACUAUCUGUGGAAAACGAGCUUUCUGCACCAGAGAAAUCUCCAUCCAUUUCUGCAAAAAUAGCCAGUAUAAAGGACCUGCAAAGGUUACUUGAAGGACGUAAGGAUCACUUCAAACCUUCCGACUUUUUAGAAGUAUUGAAAUCCGCUCUGCUAUUGACUAAUGAAAAAAGUUCUGCAGGAGAGCUCAUCAGGAACUAUGCGAAAGAACCCAAACAACGGGUUGUGUCUGAGAUGGCAGUGAAUGAUGACCUCCUAACAAUGAUGACUGCUUUGUUGGACCUUGGUCUUGAAAAGGAAGAGCUAUAUCAGAAUGCACAAAAGAAAUUACUUGAUAACUUAGAUGAAGCUGAUCUUACGCUGGACUCCGUCUUAUCAUAUGUGAUCGCAUGUAACCGUAGCGGAACUGAAAUUCCCAAUGAGCUCAAAGUAUCUUUAAAAGAAGUUCUACUUACGCAAAUGAGAGAAGUUGAUAGUGCUAGCGUUCUCAUUGCGGUGCUCACUCACUGGGAUGCGAAUGACAAGGAGGUUUCACGAGCUGCUGUUGUGCGAACUAUAGAACUACUCGGAAGCGACAUGUCUUGUUGUGCACUCACCGUUGGAGAGAUGUGCUCUUUGAUGAAUAAGCUAGCCGAAAGACACAUUCGCGACAAAAAAUUGCUUCCGCUUCUGUCGGCAAGAAUUACAGAUCAUCAUUCCGCCUUAUCUGUUCGACAGCUAGUUUCGCUAGCCGCAUCUUGCACAAAGUUGAAUUACUUUGAUGCGCGGGUGCUUCGACGUCUUUCUAAGGAUCUGCUCCAUGAUGUGAAUAGCCUGCGAAAUUGGUCAGAUGUUUCUUCCCUUGUAGAUUCGUUCAGCAGGUUACGCUUAGGUGAGAUGAAUGCAUGGAAUGCACUCGCAGUUUGGGUCAAUAGUCACGCAAAUUCCGCUCCUGUUGAUGCACUUUCGAUCAUAGUAGCGGGAAUGGCCAGAAAUGGCGUAGAGGAAUGUCGUCCUGCAGCCGUAAAGUUGUCACAGCGUGUUCGUCGAGAGACUGCUCCUUCUCAGAACGUCUGGCUCAGCACUAUUCACUCGCUUGCAUUCUUUCGUGUGCUAACUCCAGAACUAGCAGAGUCUGCGUUGAAUGCGGACUUUGUCUCACAGCUCCUACAGUCUUCCAAGUCUGUCGGAGAAAAACUCUUCAAAGCAAUGAAAUUGCUUCAGAUAAGCUCUUGUGCUGAAAUUGAUCUCGGGAAGUCCUACACCGGUCCUCGGGUGGGGCUCGCUGAACUGAAGCGCUUCAUUCAGCUUGACGAUGAAGCAACGAGGCAGGCGCGACUGAUAAAGUAUGGAAGAAAGGAUGUGGAAGUCUGUAAUCAUUUCCUCUCUGAUGUUGUGUUCAAAAUGGGUUCUCCAUCAACCCACAUUUCUCCUUCUUGUAUAGACGAAACAGGGACACUGGUUGAUGCUCAGAUAGUUUGUGAGAAGGAUAGUACUCGACUAGUACCUAUCAGCAAGUGGGGUGCGAGCAUGCCGCGACCAAUCAUUUUCUUUGGUUGGGGACAAACAAAACAGACUGCUUCGGAUGUUGCUAGAACAGAAAGUAACACCCUUCUUGGGUGGGACCAACUCUCAUUGCGUCUCCUGCGAAGUAAAGGAGCAAAGCCCAUAGUAGUUUUGCACAGCGAUUUGUCUGCUUUGGGAUCUACUGCUGAGAAAGUUCAGUUUUUGAAAAAGCGGAUCGCUGACACGUCAUAGGUUAGGAAUAGGAGAUUAGAACUAGAAUUUGCAUAUCUCACUAAGACUUCUUUUUGCAAACUUUGAUAGUUGUAUGGAUUUUGAUGUGCACUGUGCGCUGCAUUUUGCGAUGCUGUCUAACUCUAUAAAUUGAAUAAAGCAAAUUUAUG